AUGCCUAUGCCACGCCUCUCUAAGCUCUUUCUCCUCGCUUUCUUAUUCGUCCUGUCCGUCUCCACCGUUUCCGCCGCCGGCAGUAUCCACAACCAGUCCCCUUGGACCCUCAGAUACACCACCAACCCCUCCCCCAACACGCAGUGCACCUCAUGCUGCUACUUCUGGAACUGGCGCAACUCCUCCCCGCGCGGGCAGAUGUGCAGCUGCACGCAGCGCGAUCUGGCCUCCAAGGUCUCUUCUCCUAGCGGCACCGACGUCGACGGCUUCACCUUCGCAACGCGCGAUUAUUAUACAUCGGGCGUGUGGGUGAGGAGAGGCCAGUGGACCAAGUUUUCUGACAUUGAGACGAUAAGAUGUGUGAGCAAGGGCGGCGUGCCGAGGUGCUGCAAGACAGGAGAUCCCGAUUCGUACGGUUGCUGUUGGGGAGUGGCGCCGGGCCCGAAUGGGAUUGUUUGCUGA